AAAUCGCAAACUAAUAUACACAGAACACAUUUAUUUACUCCAAGAGAAAUAUACCUCAAUGUUAAGCGAGUGUCUGUUGUAAAAUCACAUUUUAUAUAAAUUAUCAAAAUGGACAUAAAUAAUCCACAGAAUCAAAGUUAUUGGUUUGUGCUGAGAGAAGACCAAAACAAUGUGUACAAUUUUACUAUUCAUAAUCCGUCAAUAUCAGGACAGGAUACCAGAUAUGUAAUAGAUCCACACACAGAUGACAAUCGACAAUACAUUCAGAUUGAUGAAACUCCAUUAAUUUUAUCGGAAGAUACAAUACAAAAUUGUGAUAAAGAUACUAUCAAAACAAAGGAUGAAGACAAUUUUUGGGAUAGAGAUAAAAUUAAAUUACUGCUUUCCCUAUGUUUAGACAACAGAUUCAAGAACUGUUUUAAAGACAAGACUAUGUUGAAUGAAAUUGCUAUACUGAUAGGUUCAACGCCAGAAGAAUGCCACAAAAAAUACAUAAGUCUGAGAAAAACAUAUAUCAGGCUAUUGAAAAAGAAAAGGCUCGGUAAACAUAUCAAAUGGGUACACUUUAAUACAUGUGAGGAAGUCUUUCAAGAAUGUAAUUUGUUACCUUUGUCAACAUUAGAACCAUGGGAUGAUAUCAAAGUUAAAAGACUUCUCAAUCUUUACUUGGAAAAUCUUAGUAAAUUUCGUGAUCCUUAUUGUCCACAGAAAGAUGUUUGGAAAGAUAUAGCACUGUCUCUAGGCACUACAGAAUAUAACUGUUACAACAAGUUUAAAAAUCUUAAGAGGACUUAUUUAAAAUGGUUGGAGAGAAAUAAUGAGACAAACAAACUAAUCAAAUGGCCUUAUCACAACUACUUUGAAAAGAUAUAUUAUAAUUACAAGCCCGUUUUAGGAGCUUGGGACAAAAAUAAAACAAAUAGGUUAAUGCAAGCUUAUCUACAAAUUGUACAUAAAUUCAAAAAUCCAAAAUUUUCAAAGAAAGAAUUAUGGAAAGAAAUAUCUUCCAUAGUUGGUGAGAGUCCACUUAAAUGUGAUAGAAAAUUCAGAAAUAUGAAGCAAACAUAUAUUAGGCUAAAGAUGAGUAGAUCUGUCACAAAGUGGUGCUACUAUAAAGAUUUUGAAGCAAUAUAUAGCAAUAUGUCACCUCAUACCAAUGAAAACAUGGGAUUCUAUAAGGAACAGAAUUAUAUUGUACAACUUCUAAAAUUUUAUGAUGAAAAUAAGGAAAAGUUUAGGAAUCGUAUGAUUAAAAAUAAGUAUCUAUGGAGGACAAUUGGUUCUAAGCUGGGUUUGUCCUCUGAAGAAUGUCAUAGGAAGUUUCGUAAUCUUAAGCAAACCUAUAUUAGGCUAAGAGGAAAAAUGGAAUCAACUGGAAAAUGCAAUAAAUGGCCAUACUAUGCCUACUUUGCAAAAAUAUAUGAUGAUCAAAAAUCUUCACAAAAAUAUUGUAACAACAACAAUAAUACUGAUCACUCAACCCUGCUAGAAGUAAAGAAGGUCCUUCGAUGUAUACAAAAAAGUGAUACUGACAAAUUUGAGAAGCUUGUCAGAGUUGCAGAAGAGUCCAACAAUAUUCAAAGAGAAAGGAACAGAAUUUUACUUGCGUUAUUAGCCAGAAAAUAAAAUAAUCAUUUUUUUAAAUAAUUAUUAUAUUUUUAUGAAAAAUGCUUAAAAAAUCACUUUGUCCCUGGCACUCUGAGAUGGGACAAGAACCUAUGAACUUUCGCAAUCCAGGCGACUGCUCUAACCACAGCUACCCAGGACCUAACAAGACUGAUUUUUAUUUUUUUUAAUGUAAGCAUUUUCCUAUAAGAAUAUUUUCCAGUAUAGCAUUAUGAACACAAAAUUGAUCAAAUAUAAUAAAAGUACAAUAUUUUUAUUUUGGAAAUUAUUUGAAAAGUUCUAUUUUGAUUUUUAUUUAUUUUUAUUAUAUUUGGGAAACAAACAAUAUUUAUAAUAAAUACAAUUGAAACAUUUUAAAAUAACACAUUAAUCAGUAAGUUUCCACUAAUAGUUUAUACAAUACACAUGACACUUUUCGCAUUAAAAAAUAACUAAAUUAUUGUUUGGUUUAAUUUUCAUUAAUCACUAACAAAAAGAAUCUAUAAUGUCAACAAUCAUGUCAAAGUUACACGAUGGUCUAUAUUCUAAUUACUCAUACAUUAAUUAUCAAAUUAAAUUAAGACUAUAAAUAAAAAUAAUAACAAUAUCAUUUAAUGUUCGUCAGGAUUAUCCUUUAUAUUUUUUACAAGUUUUUUUAGAGAAGGAAUUGAGCAAUUAAAAAUGUCAAUGGAGUUAAAUUUCAUGUCAUAUUCUUUACAAGAUCUAUAAACAAAAAUAUUUCCUGCAUAAUUAGUUUUAGUUAAUGGGACAGAAAAAAGCUUUUUAGACCGUGAACCCAUCCGAGAGCAUCUUAUAUUAAUAUUCUGUAAUAAAAAUUUCGAGUCAACGUGAGCUUUUAAAAUCUUAUACAAAAACAUUUGAUCCCUCUCUAAACGUCGAUCGAGUAAAGAAGGAAUACGAAUAGGUAAGUGGUUAUCGCAAGCAGAUCUAAAUUUGAGGUGCUUUUCAAAUUUUUUGUUGAUUUUUUCAAUUGCGUCAAUAUACACUUUAUACUGUGGAUUCCAUACCGUCGAUGCGUACUCCAAAACAGAUCGUACAUAUGAAUUAUACAAUAACAUUAGAGUGGAGUUAUAUUUAAAUAACUCCACUCUAAUGUUAUUUGAUGGAAAAAAAGUAAAAAUAAAUACUCAUGAAUUAAUUUUUACGGUCAAUGGUUACUAUAUUUUUUCUUCUAUUUCAGACAUAUCAUUUUCAUU